AUGGAGUCCUCGCGAGUAUCAACAUCACAACCCUCCGGCAACCCCCCCAGUGUCGAAGUCGCAUACAAACGCAAAUGCAUCGCCCUCAAGAAACGCCUUGGUGAGAUCGAAGCCGAAAACGAGCUCAUGCGCGUCCGGAACCGGCGCGGAUGGCAGUACAUACAGAAGAUGCGCCUGGAGUCUUGUAUUCUGCUCGAGCGUUUAGCCGCGGUCACUGGCAUGGCCGAGGAGGCCCAGGCAGGCGUGAACCCCGAACUGCGGGCGCGAGCUGCUGGGAUCGUAUCUGGAGCGGGGAACUUGAAUGGGGUUGCUAGCAAGGACGGACCGGGGUAUUUUGAGGAUGAGACGGAGGGAAGUUCCGAUGAGCAGCCUCCUACUCCCCAAGAACGCCCUCUUCGCGUGAAACGAUCCCGCAAGCCAAAUAUCGGCCUCGAUAUGGAUGACGAAGCCGGUGCUUCAGGUGACACCGCCGCCGAAGGUGGUGCGGAUGCCGGCGCUGGGGCUUCAUCGGCCUCGUGGCCUCGACUAGCUCCAGCCCCAACACAAGAGGAAAUGACAUCCUCCUUCCGCAUCCAGACAGACCGCAACGGAUCAGGCGCCGAGAAAGAUACCGGUGCCAGCGAGCACGACAGCCAACCGCGGGAUUCUCCUUUGCGAGAACAAGCCGCAGACCCGUCUGCAGAGAACUCCGCAACGCCCAUGGAUCUGGAUACCAAAGAGCCCAAAGAGGAAAGUCAAGGGUGA